CCCCCAGCAGACACGUAGGGAACGAAGUUUGCUACGAGAUCGAAAUACCGCUAAAUUCCACUUGAGAGAGCCUAAAUUACCGCCUUUUCACGAAAAUUAAAAGUAGGUGAGGUAUUUCAAUACACUUUUGAGGUUACUGAAGUUUUCCAGCGUCAAAAACGUCAUCUGAAUCGUUAUACUAACGAGAAACAAUGGACGACAACGUUGGCGUUCCGAGGACAGGCGAAGGAUUAUCGGUAGUGCCUUCGUUAUCUGAAGUAAGCGAACAGAUCGCCAUCGCCGAGCACAUCCCGACUGAACACGAAACUACCACAACUGCUGUCUUCCAUGCAGGCGAAGAGGCUUCGAAUACGAAUGUCGGUGGGCAUCCACAGUGUGAAGUACAAGUGGUGAAAGUCGGGGAUGGCAAUGUUAGUAUCAGUUUCGCUACCCCUGCUCCGGCCGUGUCACACAUUCAAGCUUCUCAAGCCUCUUUACAGCCCAUUCAGGAGGUCAUCGCAGACAGUCCGGCGCAUUCCACUCGAUCAUCCAGCCCAAAUCUUCAAGAAUCGCAAGCUGUGACAACCAUUCAACAAGCAGAACAAGAUGAAAUAUCUGGGAAUCAACACGCCGACGAUGGUUCACCUCUGGCGCGUCAGAAGUUCGAAACCCAGGGGAAAUCUGCGUGGGAUGCAGCGUUGAGUACAGAGAUACUCAUCGUCCGCUGUAGAAACGAAACGGCUGAGUUAUUUAAGACAAAACUUGGAUCAGGAGGUCGUGGAAAGUGCAUUAAGGUAAAAAAUAAGAGCAGCACGCUCGUUUUGGACUGAUUUUCUGCUUCGCAGGAACUCGGAUCUUUGAUCUCACACAUUUCGUGCAAUAAAGAUGUAAAUUGUUUGAGCUUCCGUUCUUACGUAUUGGGAAUUGUAAUGGUUUACAGAACCUUUCAAAUCGGCAAUAUCGCUUCAUGGCUGUAAAAUACGCAGGCACAAAUUUCUUGUUAUUGGUUUGUAUUGUUUUUAUAGUUUAAACGUUUUCCUUGCAUGCUUUUGUUUUUGUUUUUGUUUUUUCAUUUUGGUCUAUUUGUCUUCUUCAGCUUGUUCAACCCCCUUGCAAACAACUUACGUCUCCUUUUACUGUCAUAUUGAUGUGGGUGACCGUGGUCCGCUAGUACGUCAUAGGCUUGUAAAAGUGCAGCUUAUUACACAAAUGCAAAGAGGAGGGAAUAAAAGAAAGAAAGAGCGAUAAAGCCCAAAAUAAAAACAUGAAUUUAGUGAGUCCUUAAAGCAAAUUUAAUGACUGCUUAAAUGAGCUAGUGGGUUGUAACAGUGAUAUAGGGAAAUAUUUGGUUCAAGAAACUGUUGGAAAUUGUCUUUUUUUCUCUGUGUUCUGUUACUGACAGUAUCAAGACCAAUGGAUGACACCAUCAGAGUUUGAAGCACGUUGUGGAAGAGCAUCUUCAAAGGACUGGAAGCGCAGCAUACGUUAUGGUGGUCGAACCCUCCAGUCUUUGAUUGAGGAUGGAAUUCUCACUCCUCAUGCCAUUUCCUGCACUUGUGCAACUUGUUGUGAUGAUGACACUCUGGUAUGUUGAAUGCACAGUUCAUUCUCGUAAAUACAUGUUAUUAUUUAUCAUGUAUUAAUAUAAGAUGUAUAAAUUAACGAUGCAAGGAAGAAUUAUUGAUAAAGGGAUCGUGUCUACAGAAAAGUAGACUGAAAUAGGACAUUAAGGCAGUGGAGGUGUGAAUAAUACAAUAUGCAUGAGCACUGUUUAUCCCAAAUAUCUGAAAAUGUACAUGUACACUAAAUGUGUUUACCAGAAGAUUACUGUGCACUGUUUAUGCAGUUGAGAAAACAGUUUUGGACUGGGUACCCAUGGGAAUGGAGAAGAACUCUCACCUAUCAGUGUGGUAUUCCAGAGUCCAUUCCUAAACCCUUUAUCACUUUUAGGAUUCAUUUGUGGUUGGUUCUCUUCCUUUCUCUAACAGUUUUUCUCUAGGUUCUCUCUUUUUCAUUCCUAUGCAAAACCAACUCUCCAAUCUGCAAAAGUAAUUGUUGUAAUGAGAAACAAGAAACUGUACUCUUCAAGAUGUAAACAAUGAUUUUAUUUGUGCAGUACAAAAAUGAAAGGUAAAAGUAUCAUUCUAAUCUUUUUUUAGGCUGGUCCAAUAAGACUGUUUGUUCCAUAUAAACGUCGCAAGCGUGAGUCAUCACAAUCUGGAUCACCAAUUCUAAAGAAGAGUUUGUCUCUCAGUUCUGAGAACUCUCGACGAGAUGGUAAUUAAUUAAGUUGUGCAUUAUAAAGUUUUUAAACAUAUGCAGUUAUACUCAUGUUUGCUCUCAGACCUGGACAUUUAAAAGAUUUGAUGACAGAGAUGCACAUAUUCAUAUAAACACAGGAAAAAAUUUUAAAGAUUGCAGGUUAAUGCAAAUCAAAGCUAAAGUUCUAAAACCACUUUUGUACAGUUGUAUGUGAAAUGCAAUCUUUAGUAGUGCAUGGUUGCCUUCUUUUCUCUGAUAAAAAUAAUUCUAUGUUAUUGCUUGUUUUUACACAUUUCUUUUUUUAAGCAUAGCAAUUUCAAAAUACAAUAUGUACAUAUAUAAGGAUAAGCUGUAUGUGUACAGAUUUUGAUUGUGAAGUGUUUUUGGAAGACAAUCAGCUCAGCAGUUUUAUUAUAGAGCAAUUGUUUCAUUGUUUAAGUUCGUACUUCUUUGUUAUAAUCAUCAUUCUUUUCAAUAUCUUUUACCAUAGCCCAUGGAUUCAUGAUGCGGUCUGUUAGGUAAGAGUUCUUUACACACUGGCAUAUUUAACAUGUACCUGCUGUGUGUAGGAGUGUAAAAUUUGCAGCUCACAUUUGUAUCUUCAGAAUGAACAAAUAUAUGUUCUGUAGCAAUUUGGUAGGAAAGUGAAACAUUUACAACAUGUUUUAUUAUAAACAUGAAAUCGACUUGUCUUAAGUUGACAAGGGUCCUUGCCAAUAAAUGAAUGAAUGUGUUUUUGUUUCAGUGUUGAUUCAGCAUCUGGUGCUUUUGCUACUAAUGAGGAUGGAACAGUCAUGGACACUGGAGGUAAUAAACAGACAGCACAGUUAGUAUUGGCAGAAGAAUGCUACCAAGGUUUUCUUUUUAAUUGUUAAGUUUGUAAUGUCUUCAGAUUUGAUAGACUUCAUGGAAUGCAUGUGUGUUCAAUAUAUCCUGCAAAUUCCAACAAGUGAAAAUCCUGAAAAUAGUUGAGGAUUCUUUAUAACCAGGCCUACACUUUGUUACUAAAUGUUUCUAUUUAACAGGUAGAUUGCAUAUUUGAAUUCAAGAUUUCUUUCACAACUAUCAUCCUUAGAAGUCAAGAGCAAAUAAGCAAAUUUAUUUUUUAUUAAAAAUGAACCAUGCACGCUUAUGAUUUUCACUAUCUAUCAUGUAAUAGAAAGUGAGUGGAGAAGCCAAUGAGUCUGAAACAUUUGUGAUCAAAUGGUUUUUAGAUUUAUAAUAAGAUCUGAUAGACAUUGUGGAAAUAGAGAUUUAACUUAGGUAGCCUCUGACUUACCAAUGUAAUUGUUGAAUCACUCUUUCUUCCUUUAACUAACAGGUGAAUGGUUUGCCACACUUUUUCUUUAGAUUUAUCUAGUGGUCUGGUGACAGUCAGCAGCUGUGUAACGAGUGCAGUGCCACCUCAGACUCCUGCCACUCCUCUUACACCUAUGAUAAGUCCUUGUCCCCCAAUCAUGACACAGGCAGCAGCAGUCAGACCUGAAGGGCAACAGACCAUCACAGUUACUUUACCUGUUACACCUCUCCCAACAGGAGAUGCAGUCGUAGAUCAGAGAAGACAUUGGUGGCAUAUUGAAGAAGUAAAUAAACAGAUGCAUUGGAAUGUACAUGUAAUUAAUGAUGUUUAACCAGGUAGCUGUUAUAAGUAUAAAAUUGUCUUACCUUACAGGUGGGGAUGGUUUUUCUAUUUUUAAUUGUGUUGUUCAAAUAUUUUAUUAAGUAUUUAACUUACAUGUUAAAAUAAUCAUACUUCCAAUGAUUAGUAUGGGUACAAUAUUUGAUAAAAACUACUUGUAUAGUACAUAUUGUACCUACCUAAUGAAGAUUCCCACGUAUACUGUGAAUGAAAUGAAAGUGAAAUGCAUUUCCAGUCUCAUGCUGUAUUUAUAUUUGUUAUUAAAAGCUGUAGAAUUGGAAAUUUUGUGAGGCAGGAUCUUUCAUUCCAUUUUGUGAUAUCAAAACCGCAAGUUUUCAAAGCAGAGAUUAGGACAUUUUAUCAUCAUACUGAAUAUUACUUUAAUUGUAUGAUUUGUAGAUGGUGAACUCUUUGUUGAAUACAGCUCAGCAGUUGAAGGGAAUGAUAGAACAUGCUAAGCUGCAAGCAGAAGCAUCAAAGGAUGCAGCCAUCACUCAGGUCAAACUUCAGGCAGAAGCAGAAAAGAAAGAGGUUGGCACAAUAGGAUUUCUUUUAAACCUACUACUCUACAUAAAAUCCUUGAAACAUCUUAGUACGCUUUGCUGUUACUGUCAAUGUGCUGUCUGUAUUUUGUGUUUGGUUAAUUUUGACAUAAUUGCACUAGUCAUAAAAUCACUUUAUCUAAUUCAAGAACGUCUCAAAUAACAUUUCCAGAUUGUAAGAGAUUCUAAAUGAAACAGUUUUUGCAAAGGAUUAAGAUAUGUGCUCUCCAAUAUCCUAAAACAAACAUGUGGCAAUAGUUUGAUAAGGUACACUGUAUGCACAGUGUAUAGGUGCAUGUGCUGGCAUACAUGUGGCUGUAUGCACAGUGUAUAGGUGCAUUUGCUAGCAAACAUGGAGCUCUACGCACAGUGUAUAGAUGCAUGUGCUGGUGUACAUGUAGCUCAUCAUGUCUGUCUUAAAACUCUGUUGUGGAGUGAUGAUUUGUGUUGCACAUUUGAUUGAAGAAUUUGGAAUUCAUUUCAAUUUAAACCCAAAGAAAGAUUAUAUGUUCUAAAUAAUUUUAUUAUCUGGACAUCAAAUUUUUACAGGUAAUAGAACUACAAAUUUAUUUUUUCAUAGUUUCAUAUACUUUAUGUUUAGUUAUUGUUAAUGUGAACAACAUCUUUGUAGGCCUUGGCACAAGCUCGCAUGAAUUCUCUGAUGCAGUUUUCCCGGGCAUUAAAUGAUGCUCGAGUGGAGAAGGAAGCUGCCAUAGCACAAGCUGUGGCACAAGCAAAAGCUGAGAAAAUGGAGGCUGCUGCUGAUGAACGGCAGGAACAACUUAUCAAGGUAACAGGCAAGACAACACAUAGCUUCUUUGAAUGACAAUGUGUGUGAUUUAUUUAUUUAUUUAUUAUACAGUAUUGGUAUAUUUGCUUUGGUGACUAUAGAGAUACUUGCACUCUGAUUGGUUGAGGAUGCAUCAUAUCUCAUUCUAAUCCCCCUAUGGAAGGUGGUUAUAGUUGGGGUGCUAAAUUUAAAAAUGGCUGCUUUGCAUUUUGUCAAUAUUGGGCUGAAAGUGGUUAUGCAAUAGAACAAACUAAAAUUCAGAAGAACACAAAAGAUGCUACUCAGUUUGAUAUAACUCUCUUUAAAAGAAUACAAUGAAGUUUUUGCCACUGGAAAUGAAUAAACCUGUUGAAUUAUAGUGGAAACUGACUGCCUAUCCCAAUAUGAGUAAUCUAAACAAUUGGAACAGAAUGGUAUCAACAAAAAACAAAUUUUCAGAAUUUAAAAGCACCUGGGCAAUUGUACUAAAACAAUUAUUUGCCUCUGGCUCAGUGAUUAUUGUUGAACAAUCUCCUCAACUUUAUAUUAGGGAUUAUUCAACAAUAGUCAUUUGGCCUUUGCAAAUAAUUGUUUAUUGAUUGAUUCAAUAAUUUGAACUGUCACUGUCACCAGUCACAGAUUCACAUGUUCGUGAAUGUGCUACUUAAGCAAUAGACCACUAAUUUACUGGUGAAAUACCUUACAUGUGAUGUUUGGAGAACACAAGAAAAGUUGGUCAAUCAUGAACCAGACCCAAGUGAUUUGCAAAAUUUUCAAGUAACUUGUAUAUAUUAAAUUUAUUUGAAAGUAAGAAAUAUGAAUAAAGUAUUUUUCAAAGAGCCACUAAUAGUUUUCCCACUGGGAUGUUAGCACUCUUUAACACAGCAUCAUCCCUGUUCCUCCAAGUUACCUCUGCACCAUCUCUGCUCCCCUUAGAAAGGAGGGGCUUUCUUCUUUACAGUUUUUGUCAAACAACUGUUGCCUUGAUACAAAUUGCUAAUAGGAGUUUUUGUUUUCACAGUCCCUCAAUGGUGGUGAAGGUGAAAUAGCAAUGGAAGAAGACCCCUCAGUUGUUGAGGAAGGGGAAAAGAAUGGUGUGGAAUAGAACCAGAUCAAGUUGAAACUAACCUACCUUUAAACUAAACUGAGAAAUGAAGAACCUCUCAGUGAUACAUGUGCAUGUAUUGUGGAAUGCUUAACAGACUGAGAGUUGCUUUUGAAGCUCCAAUGAAAUUGCCUAAGAGGUGUCAGGAGUACUGCUGAGAGGAAGUUUCCCACAUUGGUUGAUACAAGAAUUAUUCACCUGUGACAGCAUUUCUUGAUUUCAUUCAUCAUCCAAGCAAUGUGCUCAUCACUUAAAUUCUACUUUACAUGUACCUUUGUCAUUAUUUCAUUAGGGUGAUCUGCCCUUGACAAUCUACCUUAGGAAAAGUAUGAACUACCUUUGCUUCUGCAAUUUUUUCAUGUAGUGGCAUCGACAGUGCUGUAGUUUCUCAAGACAUUUGGCAAUGUCGUUGAAUAACACCAUACAACCCUUUUACGUAGUUCUCUUUUCUAUUUGAGCAUUGCAAAAGAAAAUGAAAGUAUUCAUAAUGGCCAAUAAAGUCAAAAGAAAACAUCACAAGGAGCUUAUUAGAGGAAUCAAUGGAUAAAGUGAAGCAGAAGCAAUGCAAUUAUUGGGAAUAACUUUUGGACACUCAGUUGAAAACUGCUCAAAUUGUUUUUACAAAAGGUAGUGAGCUAUCUAGUUAUUUCUCUGGUCAUUAGUGUUUUUCACCUUUUAAACAGAGAUGGGGGCCAAGGGUAUUUAUCGUUAUGUUUGAGUUCACAGUAAGGAGCAAACAUGCUUCUCCCUCUCUCUUUCUUUCCCCCUGGAAAGGAGAGAGAGAGAGAGAGAGAGAGAGAGAGAGAGAGAGAGAGAGAGAGAGUGUGUGUGUGCCUGGCAAGAAGCUUAACAUACAGUAUGACUGAUUAGAUUUAGACCAGGAGCCUCAGUUGUCCACUGUUGUAAAUAUUUGUAGCUAACUGGGUUUGAGUCCUUCCAGUUGGCUUUCUUAACUUGUGUCAUUACACUGCUGAGGAUAGGCAAACCAUACACAUUUUGUGACUGCAUAUACAUUUAUGUAUGUUUGUAUUUGUUGAAUUUGUAAAAUAAUUACAUUGGAU